AUGGCUUUCAUCAAUAUUAAUGGCUAUGUGAUCUUGCUAAUCGCCUUUUUCUUCAAACAUAGCAUCCUAGCAGCACCAACUGGAGAUCCUCUUCUUGGUUUCCACCCCUCAAACAUCGUCGUCAAUCAAAAUACUGACAACAUCGAUUAUGACCUUGCACCAGGCCAAACCGAUUCAGCAACCAUAGGCACCUAUCUUGACUUCAACAAUGUCGAGAAUCCUGAACCAGUUCGCGGCACAAAAGGCGGUACCGAUCCAGGUCCACGCAUCGAAAUUUACGACGUCCUCAAUCCCGACAAACUUGCACCUCCGGGCACUGAUCACGGUAAUGUGGAUAAUGCGCAGUGGCCCAUGGGACUCAGUCAUAUGAAACUGGGACUCGGUCAUGCAGGCUGGUCGAGACAACAAAAUGUAGAUAACAUACCUACGGCCACGGACAUGGCAGGUGUGGAUAUGCGUUUGGAGGAGGGUGCGUACCGUGAGUUACAUUGGCAUAAGGCGGCGGAGUGGGCUUAUAUAUUUAAUGGGAGUGUAAGGCUACAGGCGGUUAAUGAGGAUGGUCAGACGUUUGUUGAUGAUUUGAGUGCGGGUGAUGCCUGGUAUUUUCCUCCAGGUGUGCCACACUCCUUACAAGGAUUGAAAGGUGGAACGGAAUUUCUCUUAGUGUUUGACGACGGAAGCUUCUCUGAAGACAAUACCUUCUUAGCUUCAGAAGUCUUCGCGCAUAACCCACUUGAAAUCCUCUCUAAAAACUUCCAACUUCCCAAAACCGCCUGGUCCAACAUCCCCGCCGGGGAACUCUUUAUAUUCCCGGGCACUAAAGCCCCCAACGACAUAAGCGAACAAAACGUCACCGGCUCAGCCGGCCUCGUACCUCAAGAAUUCUCCUAUUCCUACCACCUAUCCAAAGCCCCCUAUACCCACGAAACCCCCGGCGGAACCGUCAAGAUCCUAGACCCGAAAACCUUCCCCCUCGCCGCCCAAUUUUCCGCCGCAAUAGUCACGGUGCACCCAGGCGCCAUGCGCGAAAUCCACUGGCAUACUACGAGUGACGAAUGGGCAUUCUUUAUCGCGGGCAGUGCGCGCAUUAGUAUAUAUGCGGCGCAGGGAUUGGCAAGAACUUUUGAUUAUCAUGCAGGUGAUUGUGGAUAUAUUCCUAAGGGAAUGACGCAUUAUGUUGAGAAUGUGGGAAAGGAUGAUUUGAUUUUCAUUGAGGUUUUGCAGGCAGAUCAUUUUUCGGAUAUCUCGGUUGCUCAAUGGGUUGGUCUAACGCCAAAGCAGAUUGUGGCUGAUACGCUCAGUCUGUCUAAUGAGACCGUAGCUGCCUUUAAGAAGGAAAAGCAGUAUAUUGUUCAAGGAGAUGUGGUUGCUUGA